UUCAGCCGAGCGCGCGAACGUUUUGUGCUAAAAACUUGCACACGUGUCACUCGUAACGGAACGAUUCGGGCAAGUCACGUCCGCUGUGACUAACAUCUGUGUGAAGUGAAAAGCGUGAAAGCGUAAGUAGUAGGAAUAAGGAUUGUGGAAUGUUCUCGAUGUUGAUUUUAUGAUACAAAUGAGUGAAGUGAACAGUGAGUGUUGUAGCACGCUGGUACCAGUAUGACUUGAGUGAUUUCACAACACAGUAACAAUACGCGGGCAAGAUGAAGGGGAGGAGUAACGGAAGAUUGAUGUCCAUCGUGUUCAGCACUCUACUGCUGGGUCGAGCACUGGCAGGUCGUGGGCACACAGAAGUCCGCGUGGAGCUGCAGAUGGAGCGCUGGGUGGCCAGGGGGGGUUCAGUCCGGCUGCGGUGUGUUCACGACGUGCCCUCCCACCUCCUCGACAAGGUGGUGUUCUUGAGACACGGCACCAAGAUCUUCCAGUACAUUCGCAAUAGGAAGCCGCCGUACAGAAACUUUACGACCCCGGGGGCCGUACUCAACAUUGCUCUCGCGACGGAAAACUCGAUAAUCCUUCAGAAUCUGGAGUUCGCUGCGAGCGGAGGUUACUCGUGUGAAGUGUCCCUCGACACGCCCAUAUACACAAAGGCUUCUACUGAAAAGCAGCUCACAGUUUUCCACCCUCAGAAGCAUCACCCCCGUAUCGACUUUCCGAGCCGGUACGUUACCUUCGGCGAGACCCUCAGAGCAAGCUGCACCAGCGCGCCUGCGCUGCCGUCUCCUCACAUCACAUGGUUUAUUAAUGGCGAAAAGAUGGAUGAAGUGCUGGCCCAUUCGCACAAGUACCGCGUGUCAAUGAGUGAGAGGAAUGGAAGACGAGGUCUGACCAAGUCCACACCAGAGUUGACUUAUAGUUCUCCUCCAUCGGUUCUAGCUCUGACUCAUAUAUCACACAUCGCAACUAGAACGCCGGCAUGCAUCGCCAAAGAGACAGAACCGAUAUCAGAUAACGAAGAAGAGAAUUCAGUUCAUGAUGUAAGUCGACACAGAGGUCGUCGACCAGUACGAGGGAAGGAGCUCUAUGUGACAGUCUCGGAGAUACAGUUGGUGGCAGGUGGGAGACUCGAGGUGACCUGCGUCAGUACGAUACCUGAGUUUAGAAGCAUUGAAGACAAAUUUGCUGAUGUUCGGAAUGAAACUGUAAUAGUGGAUAUCAUCUCGCCGACACAGGAAGCAAGAGCUGCAAAUCUGACUCUUGCGCAAAGUGCAUCAUCUGCAAACUUACCAGCGACUCAUUAUAUCGCGAAUGCAAUGGAGAGGACUUUGCCCGGAGUUCCCUGCGAGAUCGAAUCAGAAAUGAGGAGUUCUGUAGGGGAACCAAAGUCACCGACAGAUCUCAAAUGAUUGCGAAACUGAAUUUGCAGCAAAGUCCUCGAAUGGUGACC